AUGUCUUCUAAGAUUGAUAAAGAAUUGAAUGAGGACUCAAUGUUGAUGCAAAAAAGUAGACACAUUCAUUGUGAUUCAGUUGAAACUCUUACUGUUGAUGGUGAAAAUGGACCAAGAUUUCAAAAUGAGUCACUUGAAGGGUAUAAAGUUCAUGAUUGGAACAUGAAUGAGACUGCAAUUAAUGAGGAGGAUUAUAGGAUGAAUACUAACCCUACUAGUGAUAAGCAAGUGACCCAAAUUGGCUCAUUCAGAACUGGUUCAGCUCAGAGUGCAGAAAUCUUGACCAUGAUUGAUACAAAUGAUGGUUUCAUACAUGACAAUCCCAUUAUAAUCGAAGAUGUAGCAAAUGAAAGACAAAACAUGAUGCAACAACCUAUAGUUAGUGGAAUUAGUGAUGACCAUAUAGAAAAGCACCAAAUAUACUCAAAUCGACAUGGUAGCAUUGAGAAAGCAGUACAUAAAGUAUUUCCUCAUGCGAGGCAUGGUGUGUGCACUUAUCACGUUGGACAAAAUUUGAAGACAAAGUUCAAGAAUCUUGCAAUUCAUAAGUUGUUCCAUGAUGCUGCCCAUGCUUAUCAUGUUUCAGAGUUUAAUUUUAUAUUUGGGAAACUACAGAUGAUUGACCCAAGAGCAGCAAGAUAUUUGAUGGAUAUAGGUGUUGAUCGAUGGGCACGUUCAUAUUCUACCGGAAAAAGAUAUAAUAUCAUGACGACAGGGAUCGUUGAAAGCCUUAAUGCUAUGUUGAAAAAUGCUAGAGAUCUUCCGGUUUUGCAAUUGGUUGAAGAAUUGAGAAACUUACUUCAAAAAUGGUUUGUGACUCGUCAACAACAAGCUAUGUCAAUGUCAAUUGAACUUACCAUGUGGGCUGAUAGAGAACUUCAUUCGAGGUAUAAUAUGUCAGCAACAUAUCUAGUGGAACCUAUCAACUCCAAGGAAUGUAAUGUUAACUAUGCUGGCAUUAGUGCUCAAGUGAAUUUAGACACUCGUUCAUGCACAUGUCGACAAUUUGAUCUUGAUCAUAUUCCAUGUGCACAUGCUAUUGCUGCUUGUAGAUUUUACAACAUUUCAUGUUACACUUUGUGCUCCAAGUAUUUUACUACUAAAGCAUUGUUAUCUUCAUAUUCAGAGUGUAUUUAUCCAACUGGAAAUGAAAUAGAUUGGGUAGUACCUAAUCAUAUUCGUGACAAAGUUGUGUUACCACCUAAAACGAGACGUCCAACAGGAAGACCAAAGAAAGUAAGAAUUCCUUCUGGUGGAGAGGGUAAGCGCACAUCUCGUUGUAGUCGAUGUGGUCAAUAUGGGCAUAAUCGGAAAACAUGCAAACGACCAAUCCCUUGA